CGGUAGGAACAUUUUUCCCAGCAGCUAACCGCUUCCCCAUAUCUCUAGCUCCUGCUUAGCUCUAGCUUUUUUCACAUAUGGGAACUGAUAAGAGGGCAUGAGGGGCCUCCAAACAUCUUAUCUGUGGGGAACCCUCAUUGACAAAUGCUUUAAAAACUACUGCAAAGCUUCUGGGCCACCAUACUAUCUCAAAGCAGAGAUGGUGUAGAGAAACUUGUGCACAACAGACAGCACUAGCAAGCAUUAUUGCUGAAAGAAGUUGUCAGCGGUUGAACCUCAGCUACUAGUUCUAUACCUGCAUCCUCUGUAUCCUAACUAAUCACAUAUUUAAAAAAAAAGUUUUAUAUGGAGGAAAAAGCACAGAAAAAGUAUGUCCAAAAACAUGACAAAGAUCUAAAAGCUCAAAAUGGACUUCAACCUAUAGUUGUGCGUGAGUUUGAGCCAGCAGACAAACCGGAGGUACAGAGGAUCUUUUAUGAAGGGCUGAUGGAGAUGGUCCCAGACACCGCCUUCAGAGGCUUGACACAUCACCCUGAGAGUCUCCUGCUCUAUACUGCUGUGACAGUUGUAUGUUUAGUCAUCACCAUGUGUUGGUGGCUGAUAGGACUCCUCCCUGCUAUUGUGCUGUGCGGGCGCUACUUCUACAGCAGACGUGUGAUCCGUGGUUACCUGGAGCACGCCAUGAGCAGAGACAUGGGAGACAUCGAAGGGUUUUAUAUGAAAUCAUCAGACUCCUGUCUGUGGGUAGCAGUGCUGGAAGGCAAAGUGGUGGGUGUCGUAGCAGCAGUCGGCCAGCAGAAGUCAGGAGGUGCUGUCGAGUUGCUGCGGAUGUCUGUUGACCGGAGCUGUCGGCGGUGUGGAGUCGGCGUGGCACUGGGGCGAAAGGUUCUGGAGUUUGCUGUCACUCACAGAUACUCCUCUGUUGUCCUGGGAACCACAGCGUACAGGCACGCUGCCCACCAGCUAUACCAGCGUCUGGGCUUCCACUGCGUGGGGGUCACCAAUGGGUACGUCACACCCAGUACGAGAUGGUCCUUACUGGGACACAUUUUCUACAGGGUCCGCCAUCAUCACUACAGCCUCGAUGUGCAAAACAGCAAGAUCACUUCAAAUGGACAACACUGACUGAGAAAGGAAGGAGUUCAGCAUGGCUGACUUUGACUAUACAGACAGCGUACCUUUACCUCUGUCUCCUACCAACAGUCUAUGGUUUCUUUUAACCAUGACAACAACCUUUCUUACCCUUAAUGAAGUUUAGUUACCUAAACUUUACAAAACUGCAAACUAUGUCACCUUGCCAAUAGUGCUGCUACAUCAGAACACGAUCCUGUGGGUCAGACCAAGAAACCACAUAUUUUGUUAUUUAUGUAUGUGGACUUGUUGGAAGUGUCAAUUGAAAUGCUAUGUGCUGACAGACGUAAAUACAUAUACAGUAUAUAUCUAUGGCUGUACUGGCAGGUAUUAAAGAAGUUCAGCAAUGGA